AUGAAGUCGUCGUCUCAGAGCCACAGCCCCAGGACCCCGUCGCCGCGCGCUCGCGGCACGGCGGCGGCCCCCGGCGCCGACCACGCGCGCUCCUCCUCCGAGCCAUGGGUGCUCGCAUGCGUGGAUGACACGUGCGUCAACGACGUGGAGAGCUUCGCGCGCACCGUCGCCGCCGUGAAGUCCAAGCCCCGCCCCGACCUGCUCCCGAGCGUGCUGUCCCACUACGCUGCCAAGUGGCUCCCGGACGUGGCCACCACGUCCGCCUCCGGCCGCUUCCUGCCCCCGGAGAGCCCCACCGCCACGUGGCUCAAGAAGCGGCUGCUCCUGGAGACCCUCGUCGCGGCGCUCCCGCCGGACCCGCCCAGCGGCGCGGCCGCAGACGACGGCAUCACGUGCGACUUCCUGCUCAAGCUGCUGCGGGCGGGGAGCAUGGUGGGCGCGGACGCGGCGCUGCUGCGGGAGCUGGAGUCCCGCGCGGCGCGGCGGCUGGACCAGGCGACGCUGGCGGCCGUGAUGAUACCGGCGUUCGGGCACGCGCCGGGCGGGUCGACGCUGCUGGACGUGCCGCUGGUGCUGCGGCUGGUGCGCGGGUUCCUCAAGGAGGGCGGCAAGGGCGCCGGCGGCGGAGCCGGGGCCAGGGUGGCGAGGCUGGUCGACGCGUACCUGGCGGAAGCCGCGCUGGAGGCCGAGCUGCGGCCCGCCGAGCUCGAGGAGCUCGCCCGCGCUGUGCCCGCCCACGCGCGCGCCGCCGACGACGCGCUCUACCGCGCCGUCGACACCUACCUCAAGGCACACCCAGGCGCCGGGAAAGAGGAGCGCAAGUCGCUGUGGAGGCUGAUCGACCCCCGGAAGCUGUCGGCGGAGGCGGCGGCGCACGCGGUCCAGAACGACCGGCUGCCGGUGCGCUCCGUGAUGCAGGUGCUCUUCUCGGAGCACGGCAAGCUGAACCGCCUCGCCGACCUGGGCGCCUCCUUCAGCGGCGCCAGGGUCCCCUGCAGCCCGGCGGCGGCGCUGGACCUCCACUCCGGCAGCGGCCGGUGCCCCUCCAAGCGCGAGGCCCUGGCGCAGCACCAGGAGAUGCGCCGCCUGCGCGAGGACGUCGCCAGGCUCCAGGUGCAGUGCAGCGCGCUGCAGGAGCAGGUGGAGAGGCUGGGCUCGGAGAGGAGGCGCCGCGGCGGCGGCGUCGGCGUCGGCGGCUUCAAGUGGAGCACGCUCUGGUUCGGCGGCGGCGGCAUGGGCGGCGACGUCGCGAGGAUCGAGGACUCGGAGAGCGGCAUGGAGCGGCAGACGCCGGCGAGCGGGAAGAAGGGCAGGGCCAGCAUGGCCACGGCGACGCCCACGCCGACGCGGCGGACCCCCAGGUGGCGCAAGUCCAUGUCAUGA